AUGAAUGCAGUGCCCUAUUCACGGAUUUUACCAUUUAUGGGCAUCACAGGAACAUAUCCCCUGCGAAUGGUGAGGGUUGCCUGUAUGGUUAAAAAAUAUACAAAUAGAGGCUUCCACGAAAGAGAUGAGAUUAAACAUGAGACUAUAACUGUGAUUAUCUCUAGUGUGCAAGUUAGCGUAUCAGCAGUGGAGGUGACAACGCCAGAAGAGAUGUUUGUGGAGAAUGGAACGAAUGCAAGGCUUCCAUGUAUGUUCACAUCCCCAGAGGUGAUCAGCAGUGCAGACAGUUUCCAAGCAGAGGGGUCAUCAACUCCUAUUUCAUUCUUUUAUUAUACUUCUGGGAAGCCCUACACUGGAAAGUACAUCCCAUUUAAGGACAGAGUCAGCUGGGCUGGAGAUCUUAACAAGAAAGAUGCUUCUAUCAGCAUAGCAAACAUGCAGUUCCUGGGCAACGGCACUUACUUCUGUGAUGUCAAGAACCCACCCGACAUAGUCGUCAAAGCAGGAGAGAUCCGACUUAGAGUUGUGGAGAAAGACAGCUUGACUGUGUUCCCGAUGAUGAUGGUGGCAGGGGUAGCCGUUGCUGCAGUUGUAGGUGUUGUUUUGCUCAUCUCUCUUAUUGCGUGUAUCGUCGUCAGAAAGAAGAACUCUAAAAAAACAUUAUUCUGGGGCCCAGUCAUAUAUGCGCAGUUAGAUCACUCUGGAGGGCAACACAGUGACAAAAUCAACAAGUCUGAGUCCAUGGUCUAUGCUGACAUUCAGAAGAACUGAGAGGAGGUCCCAACCAAUCCAAAGCAAAACGUGCAUCUAAACUGGAAUUGCUUGAAUGAAAUGUGACCCAGAGAACUCACAUGCGGCCUUUGAUGCCCUAGCCUAGGACCAAUGCAUGUGGAUACAGAGAGAGAGAUGUAUAUGUAUUGUGUGUAAAUAGUCUAUUUAAUCGUACAGAAGUGAAACCAAUGUUGCAUGUUAAGAUGUGGUAAGAAUUCUGCUUAUAAAUUGCCAAUAUUACUUUUUGUAUCUAGGAUAAGGAGAGAGAAAGUGAACAUUCACAACCAUCACGGUUUUAAAAAUAUUUUUAUCUUAAUCAUGAAUGGAAAAACUGGAAAAUGCUUGAGAUUCUAGACUGACCUGACCUUUCUCUUUGUGGGGGGAGGGUGACUUUCCUAUUAAGAGGGAUAUGAGGAAGGUUGUCCCUUCCCCUGUCUCCAGUCUUAUCGGAAUGUUUUUCUGUACCACUUAUCUUUUCAUUCGGACUCCUCCUGCAUCUCAUUGAAUACAUGAGCUAGGGAUGUAAAUAUCAUUUUAAAAAUGAUUAGUUUAACCUCCUGUAAUUAUAUUGGUUAAACAGUUAACCGAUAACAGCAGCUCAAACACAGCUGCUUCUAGGAGCAGUUCUCUGGCCCUUGUGGGUUGGGGGGGUGGUGGUGGGUGGCAAGACCUAAUUGAUGAGUCAUUAGGCCACCUACUGUUUUCCUUUUAGGCUAUGGGUACUAGUCCCCCUUGCCUCUUUCUCCUCCCCCCUCCCCUCCCCCUCCCCUCCCCUUCUUGUCUUUCUCCUCCCCCUCCCUCUUGCCUGCCCUGCCACCUUCUGGUUCCUGCUGGGGCACCAUGCAGCUUCCCUUCCUACCCUGCCCCAAGCUAAACAAUAAGCUAGCCGUUUUAUCACUGGGCUUAUUGGUUAAACGAUUAAUUGUUUAACCUUUCAUAUCCCCAACAUGAACCCUUUUCCUUAGAAGAACUCAUAAUUCGUAUGAAGAAAGAAGAGAGAAGGUAUCAAGGGCCUGGCAACUUCUGUUUGAAAUGUCUUUCACCCUUUUAAAUAAUUGUCAACUUUUAGGUCUAAUUUCUGUACGUAGCAGAAGUGAGUCUUUUUAAGGCAUAGAGGUCAAGUUGGUAAACUGAGGUUUGUGCCCUGAAGAUAAAAGCCACUACUUUUUCAUAAGGAAGCUAAAGCGGAGUAGGAAGUUAAGUUUCCAGGUGAUUUCCCUCAGAUCAUGCUGUGCCCUUUCAUGAGAUGCCAGGUUUCCUGUGAGACUUUCCUGGGUCAUUUUGUCCUUCAAGAAGUAGGAGCUCUCGUGGAGAUGGUGUUGCACUUUUUAGAGGGGAAAGAAAGUGAUAAAGCUACUGGCAGUAAUCUGCUCAUAUUCUUGUUUUCGCCUAACAUGUAAUUGGAGCAAGGGAGAGAAGUGUGAUGAAUGGACUGUCACAAGCCUGCUGCUGUUUGAGGACAAGGGUCUUCCUUGCUUCAGUGAGAUUCUUCUGCUGUGUUCUGCUAGAAAAAAUUGAGCCCAAUCCCACCUCCAUGUGCUGCUGACUCUAUGGUUACUCUGCCCUUGGGGGAACUCUCCUGUGAUUGGCAUUGUCUAACUACAAAUGUAUGAGCUUGACCCAGGCUGAAGAGAUUCAUGUCAAGGCUUCUUAGAUCCUCUUUAACACAAGCAACGUGCAAGAGUGAGUGUUUUCAAAGUGUAGCUCAGUUCUUUUAGAAGAAAACAAGCUGCCUUUCAAAUGCACUGAGCAGCAGGUGGCAUGAGUUGGAGCUCUUAUUUUUACUUGAUUAGGGACAUUGAAAUUUUUGUGUCCAUGGAAACAUGAACAGCAGUCCAUUUCUGGAAAAAAGACUGCUGCUAAGUUGUAACUGCUCUAUAAUUUAGUAAGACUGAAGUGUUGGGAGACGAGGCAAUAUGGGACCACACGUACUUUGAGCUUCUUUUCCCUUGGCUUAUCUUAGCUUUGAGUUUUAUUUAUCAACAGUAGUAACUUAUGUUAGUGGAAGUGGACUCUUAUAUGACUUAGUGAGCUGACUUUGAACUUCUUUGACUUCCUAUUUGUUUGGUGGCUAAUGUCAUCAGACCCAGAUGUCUGAUAGGUUUCCUGAUGCUCUCCUGACUGAUGGUGAACUUUUAACUCUUACAUGCUUCAUUGACUUCCUCUGAAUUCCCUGGUACUCUUCCCCAGGGUUUUGCAAAUAAGAAACAAGUGCAGACCUUAAAGGGCUUUCAGUUUUUUGGAGGUGAGGGACUGGGGGCUGGAGUUCUCAAUCUCUAGUUCUGUUGCAAUGUUACUGCUAGCUCCUUGCCCCUGUGGGACUACUUCUGAUGAACAGAGUGUUGUGUGUGUGGAGGCAGUCUUGUUGAAGGAUAGGCAGACUGUCUUUUGCAGAAGUAAUGGGUUGGAGAUCAGAAAGGAGAAUGAGGCUGCUCUACAGGUGUGAGAGCUCAAAGCUGUCCCUUUUACUAUGUGCAUGGAAGCGUGAGUGGUGGUCUAGUGAAAUGGCAGUCAGGGUCUGGUAUUACAAGUUUGUUCCACAUUCUGAGCAACUGAAUGAAUGAGCUGCUUUCUGCUCCCUUCAUAGCUUCUUUUGAUACUGCAGUCCAACUCAUGCCUCUGUACUGUCAUGAUGGGGGCCACUCUUGGAUAACUGGAGCAGAGGGAGCUGUGUUGGAAGCCUGUACUUUACAAAUACCUUGUGUUUCCCAGGGGGACUUAAUGUGUCACAGCACAAAACUGCCAAUGCACAUUUUUUUUUCUGUUUGUCAAGAGAAGUGGUUUCUCAGUUUUAAAACAGACCUUGUCAUCACUGCAAAGAAACACCCUGUGGGAUUGCCUCCCCAGGGUCUGGCUGCUAGAACUUGCACCUUUGGAAGGUAAAGGAUGCAUAUCAUAUUACUUUCGUCUGACCUUUCUUUCCCCUCUUAAAACUUGCUGCUGCUCACUGGAACUGCUAAAAUGGCAGAGUGUUUUCCUGGCAACUGCCAGCCUUCCUUUAACUCUUUGGUGACUGCCAGCAAAUAUAUUUGAGAGCGGAGAAGCGGGGUAUCCUGAGGAUGGAUGUUACUAGCACUAGUAUGAAUGAACUGAGAGCUCUGGACUCUAAUUUCCUUAGCCCUUUUCCAAGUUUAGGCCAGGGGUUGACUGCAGCUCUGGACACGCAGGUGUCUGGGGCUAAGGUGGAGUCAGAGCCAACCCUAGUAGCCUGUUGGUGGUAAAGUGCACCAUUCUCUUUAGCAGGAGGCACACAAGAUAUUGAUAAGUCAGCAUCAUACCUGGUAUCCUUUGAGUCGCCAGCCCAAAUGGCUAGAUACCCUUUACAGCUGGGUCAGCUGGAGGUGGCCCGAAGCUUCAGUCUGUAGAGAGACUUCACUGUGCCUCUGACUUCACCUUAACUGCUCUGCCACAAUCUCCUUGGUAUUUCUGGUGUAUAUAUGGUCCUAAGAACCUGAACAGGGUAGCAGCUGUAUCCCUGUUAAUGUGAGGGGCAAUCUCAAACUGGAUAUUUUCAGGUCCUGACUUUGGAGGAUUUAAAAAGAAAAACCCCAGGUUGUUUGGCUGAGCAUCUCAUAACUUUUGGUGCUUGUGUAUACAAAGUCUUAAGGGUUGCAUUUCUCUGGAGUGCAUUCUCCAGUGUUUGGGGGGGGGGGGGGGGUUGU